UCCGGAGUGAAGCUCUGCCUCCUACUUUUUGUUGGGACCUGGGAGAGAAAAUCACCCGCAGAGGUAAAAAACAACAAGUUACAAACCAUGGAAACGUACGAGGCUGCUGUUUAGUCGUCUACAAUGCAAGCGGACAUGCUUUCACCGUGAAUUCAUACGAGGAGGUCUUUGUGUGGCAGUGUAACCUUCCCUCUCCCCCAUGAUGCUGAGUUUCCUGCGCAGGACGCUGGGGCGACGCUCCAUCCGCAAACAUGCAGAGAAAAGUCGGUUACGGGAGGCCCAGCGUGCCGUGACGCACAUCCCUGCUGCUGGGGAUGCAAAGUCUAUCAUCACCUGCCGCGUCUCUUUACUGGACGGGACAGACGUCAGCGUUGACCUGCCGAAAAAAGCCAGAGGCGAGGAGCUGUUUGACCAGAUCAUGUACCAUCUGGAUAUCGUAGAGAAAGACUACUUCGGACUGCGCUUCAUGGACUCGGCACAAGUGCCGCACUGGCUUGAUGUCACAAAAAGUAUCAAAAAACAAGUGAAAAUCGGCCCACCAUACUGCCUUCACCUGAAAGUUAAGUUUUACUCCUCAGAACCGAACAACCUGCACGAGGAGCUCACCAGAUACCUAUUUGUGUUACAGUUAAAGCAAGAUAUCCUCAGUGGAAAGCUAGAAUGUCCGUUCGACACAGCGGUGGAGUUGGCUGCCUUCUCAAUACAGGCUGAGCUAGGUGAUUGUGACCCAUUAGAACAUAAUCUGGACCUUGUGUCAGAGUUUCGCUUCAUCCCCAACCAGACUGAGGACGUGGAGCUAGCGAUAUACAACGGAUGGAAGGAGUGCAGAGGUCAGAUGCCAGCCCAAGCUGAAAUUAACUACCUGAAUAAAGCCAAGUGGCUAGAAAUGUAUGGCGUGGACAUGCAUAUGGUCAAGGCAAGAGAUGGUAAUGAGUACAGUCUGGGUUUGACACCCACCGGAGUUCUGGUGUUUGAAGGAGAAACCAAGAUAGGGCUCUUCUUCUGGCCCAAGAUUACCUGUCUGGAUUUCAAGAAGAGCAAACUGACGCUUAUUGUAGUGGAGGACGAUGACCAGGGCAAAGAACAGGAGCACACCUUUGUCUUCAGGAUGGACCACCCUAAGGCCUGUAAGCACCUCUGGAAGUGUGCCGUGGAGCACCAUGCUUUCUUCAGGCUGAGAGGGCCGGUACACAAGAACUCUGCUCGCUCCGGAUUCAUACGCAUGGGAUCACGCUUCAGAUACAGUGGAAAGACGGAGUACCAGACAACCAAGGGCAAUAAAGCCAGGCGGUCAGCCUCCUUUGAGAGAAGGCCCAGCCGACGUUACUCCAGAAGAACCAUGCAGCACAGAGGACCGUUCCAUCACCAGGAGCCUCAUUCCUCGGGCAACGGAGUCAGCUCCAGCAGAGGCAUCAAGCCUUCUCCCAGAGGUGCCUGGUCAGGAGUGCCUGUGGUCAGCCCGGUAGCUGCGUCUGCCUGUGCACCGAUGGAAAUCGAAGCUCUACCCAGGAGUCCUGGAGGAGAAAAGAGGAGUAUGCCCAUGGUUGCUGACCUGAUGGAGACGUGCAUUGAUGACGUCCUCAGGGCUCCUGUCGUUCCCGCGGUGACGGCUACAGACGAGGCCGGACCAAGCAAUGCCUACGCCACGCCCAGUGUCACCGGGGAAGAUCCUCUCUGCCUCGCUGAAGCAGCAGCUCGUCUGAAGCAGCUGGAGUUGGAGGGCAGUCCGCAUCUCGGUACUCCAAGAAAUAACAUCAAUGUCAAUAUGGCCAUGAACAAUCAGGAGGAUGUGGUGAAGAUCACAGAGAAGUGUGGUCUGAGCAGUACCGGCAGUAGUCCAGUAGUCACUCCACUGUGCACCCCAGUGGGUCUGAAGAGCAACAUCCUGAAAGCACAAGCCGAGGCUGCUGCCCUCAAGGGAUCUUUGGAGGACUACGUCGUCGUUGUUGGAGAUAAGAACUGUAACUUGCAGGAAGCCUCUGCCAGGUUGAAAGUGCGUACCGGACGACUGGGCAGUAACUCGUCUCUGACCGUCAGCAGUCGCCCCGACAUCCAAGAGUCCUGGGAGCUGCUCAAGCAAUCCUCGAUGGUCACAUCAGCAGGGGCCAGUGCCGAGCGGCUCGCUGAAGAUGUGAACCCCUCUGUUCCUAAGAUGCCCUCUGAAUCUGCCAGCGAAGGCAUGGCACCAAAGGUUAAAGCAGAGGAAGUUGACCUGCAACACACCGCCCCACUGUCUGACAACCUGAUUGAUUUCACAGAUCCAACUCCUAUGUUCCCACCAGUGCAGCAGCCCAAACCUCUCAUCACACCUCGCUGGAUCAUUCCUACAACCGCUCCUCCCGGCGUCUUUACUAACGGCCUGCUCGACCUUGACCCCGCUAAGGUCAACCCUCUUCUCCCCGCAGAUGGGGGAGCAGCUCUCACCCCAGUCCUCCCCCACCUCGCUCACACACGUAACACCAUCUCCAGCAGCACUGUGGGUCAGCAGCCAGCCUCGGAGAAUGGAGCCAAACCCAGAGGUCUCCUGACCACUGAGCUCUGAUGGAGAAACGAGGAGCAGCCAGCACAACCUUCGUCUCCCUGACUACUUUCCCACCUCACCCCCCUCGACCCCCUCACCCAUCCGUACACAAGCAAGCUGGAGAUGUGCUGAACACGGAGGGCUAAAAGAGGAAACUGGAACCAGGGAAGAGGCAGCUUACAAACACCACAACACACAAUUUUAAACAAACUGAACUAACACAGGAAAAUAAUAGGAAUAUGAUGACAGUUUUUUGUGAUAACACAACACAAAGCCUAGUUUUUGUAAAACAGUUAAACAUGUAGCUCAAGUAUUAACCUCUUAAGAACACCUAACUUGUGAAUCUCCUGUAUGAGUUCACUGUUAGUGACCUGUGUUAAUCCAUCCAGUCAACCAAACCUCAGUCUCUCAUAAGUAGCACCAUCUCCUUGUAGAUGACAAGUGAUGGAAAGUCUGGUGUUGGGACUGACGCACAAAAUCUCAUGACACUGUAGGUACGUUAAAAGCAUGAGGCUUAUGACUCAAAGGGUAGGUUGUGUCUUUUAGCGCUACUUUCCUCCCCCUUUUUUUUUUUUUAAUCAUGCUGUUUUAUUCCUGGUUAUUCACACCACUGGAUCCCUGCUACUCUGAGCUCUUCUGUACACGCACAGAUCACACAGCAUGUAGCGCUGCUGUGCUGAAGUACACUGGAUGAAGGACUAAAAAGAGAAAUCUAUUAAAAAAAAAAGAAAGACAGUGACUCGAUAUGUGGAUUCUAAGAGAUAAAAAACGCCUGGACUCUUUACGAGAUGAAGUGUGGAUAUGAUACUGUCCUUGUAGCACACUACAAACCUUUUUUAAACCCAGUCAAUACUACAUGUGAAACUCGUCUGUUGGCAGCCACUGGAUAUGAAAACUUCACUGGAUUACUUUUGCAACACUGGACCUUAAAAUAAUUUUUUUUUGGGAUAGAGAUGACCACUUUGAUGUUUUUAUUAUCCUGUUUUUUUUUGUCUUUUUCAAUGUUUCAAUUUGCUCAUUGCAAUACUUUGAAAUUCACACAUUUUGAGGGAUUGAACAUAAUGAAAGUUAGUUCUCUGUCUCUUUUUGGACCCUCGAUGAUCUGCUCCUUUGUGUACCCUUAUGACUUUAAAGGGAUAGUUUGGGUGUUUUGAAGUGGGGUUGUAUGAGGUACUUAUCCAUAGCCAGUGUUACUACCUGCAGUGGAUGACGGUCGGCACGCCCCCAGUUUGGAGAAAUAGACAGGAGCACCAGCACGGAAACAAAGCAAUGUUCUGCUUUGGACGGGGC